UUCAAAGCGAAACAUCGCAGAAAAACUAAACCGAUGAAUGUCCUCCACAUAAAGCAGCAACUCGCCCCGUUUAACUCGAAGAAGCAAACUCUCCGCUGUGACUGCUCGCAGCGCCGUUAGCUGUGUGAACAUGAAAAGUUAAGCAUUAGCAUGAGACACUUUGAGAACUCUGCCGAUCUGGACUCUUUUAUUAAAGAACUGGAGGAAGAGUCUCAGACUAAGUUUAUCACCUUUUCCGUGGACCGCCAUUUUAAUGACAAAGAUUGGCAUCCUUUGCCCGGAAACCGGGUCUACUGGCAAUGGGCUGGGGGCUCUGGGAUGCCAGCCACUGAAUUCACCGGAGUCCCAUUUAUGUUUGUGGGCUCUAAAAGGCUCGUCUGCCAUCAGGGCAAAGACCUCGCCGUAGCUCAGAAGCAGAGAUAUGCCGAGGAAAAGGCAAAAAAGACGAUGAUGGACCACACUUUAGUUAGGAACAAAUCAAACUCGCAGUCUACUAAAAAGGUGGGAUGCCCAGCAGCCAUAUCAAUCAGCAAGAUCGCAACAUUCCCUAAAUUCAAGUUGGAAGAAGACAGGGAGAGGAGUAAGAAGGCAGCCUCCAAGAUGCUAAGAGAGGCCUUGGAGAGAGAUCCAGUUGUAUGGGGAACAUGCUAUGUUGUCACACAGCCAAGUGCGCAUGCUGGGCACGCAAUGGGAGAAAUGGAGCCCGUGGACGCAAGAGUGGAGCAGCAGGUGGUGGAGCUCAGAAAGCAGGGCGUGAGGAAGGUCAGCGAGCUGAAGCGUCAUCUUGCUCAGUUUGUAACAGCCGAGCUUUUUAAGGGAGCUAGCCCACCCCCUGCGUCCAGGCGCCGGUACUACCCCUCAGAGAAGGACCUCCGAAAUAUAAUGGCUAAGGUGAAGGACCAGGCUCGGCACAGAAUCGAUCAGGUGAACCUGGAGGUGAGUGGCGCCUUUAUCAUUCCUGUUUGGGUAAAACACCAGCAUGUGACUAGUCCGUAUAAAAAAAGAAAAAAAGACUGCCUCCGUACAGAGGAUGCCUCCUUCCUCUUCUGCCAUCAAACGUUGUGGCAGAUGAGGCUGCUGCGCAUGUAUGGGGCAGAUGUCUGCGUGUUCGAUGCCGCCUACAGAACAAUCCGCUACCCUCUGCCCCUUUGCUUCUUGUGCGUCCGCACCAACAUGUGCUACUCCGUUGUGGGAGUGAUGGUACUGCAAGAAGAAACAACAGAAGCCAUCAAAGAGGGUCUGGAAGUCUUCAAAUGUUGGAACGCAGACUGGAGGCCAGCAAGCUUCAUGGUCGAUUGCAACGCUGCCGAAAUCCGAGCUGUUGAGUCUGUGUUUGAAGGCACCAAAGCGCUGUUCAGUGACUUUCACAGGGAGAAGGCAUGGGAUGAAUGGAUACAGAAGGAGCAUCGAGUGGCUGACAAAGAAGAUGCUCUUGCAAAGCUGAAAGCGAUAGCCACCUCGCUCACUACACAGCAGUUCGAGGAGGCAGUGAAGGCCCUGAUGGCCAGCCACACCUGGGAACAAAAUCCUGUGUUUCAGAGCUGGUUUUCAGACAUGUGGUUGUCCAAAGCAAAGAGAUGGGUGUCUGCCUUCAAAGAAGAGACACUGAAUAUAGCCAUCAUCACAAACCAUGAGACCGAACGCCAGAAUAAAUUGUUCAAGCACAAAUACCUGGAGGACUACAGGAACCGGACAUUAUCUGAAAUGCUGGACAUCGUGACACACAUGUACAUCCCUGAACUGUGGAGGACGUACAUUGAAGCUAAUGUGAGGUCAUACAGACAGUAUGACUCCAGUGUCCCUCCUUUCCUGUGGGACAGACCCACAGACGUCAUUCAACACAUCACGAGCUGCAUGGACAGCUCUCUCUCUGAGGGACGUGGUCAAGCUGGGCGAUGGUGUUUUCAGAGUGAAGAGCGAGACACAGGAGGACCAGUCUUAUGAACUGGCAUUUGGGUCAGACGACAGCUUGCCCUCCUGCCAGUGUGAUGACUGGAGGCGGUACAAGUUGCCAUGCAAACAUUUCUGUGCAGUCUUCCAGACGGUCCCUGGCUGGACGUGGCAGCAGUUAUCCCUGAAAUACAGGGAACACCUGCUUCUUAACCUGGAUGCCACGUGUUGCUCCAUGACCCCAGACUCAGUGGACGAGUGGGGCAUGGAGGUAGUCAGUGAGUCAGUAACCUGCAAGGACACACAGGUGACCUCUGACUGUGACAGUCCACCACGCAAGCGAGUGAGCAAGUCAUAUCUGAGGAAGAAAUGUGUCAACCUCACCAAACAACUCAUGGACCGAAUAUAUACCAGUGAGAGCCAAGACACACUUGAGGAACUUUCUGAGACAUUAGGCAGGCUGGUGAAGGGGCUCACAUCUGUGUGUGGAAGUGAGGAUGGUAUGCUUCAUCUGGAAGCAAAGCGGGUCAGAGUUUCCAGCUGCACAGACUGAGGGUGAAACCCACAAAGAGGCUGUCCUCUAAAUCAUCGGAACCCUUCCUCCAUCAAGGACACGCAGACACUCUUCUUUUCAAACCUCUCUCCACAUCCCCCUGCGGCUGCUGUGCGGCAGCCUGCUAUUCGCCUGUAAUGCAGUCAUGUGGACCACCUUCUCCAAGGCCCUCCGACAUUCCACCUCUACAGCCAGGGCCACUGUCACGACCACUGCAUCUAACUUCAUUUCCUCUGGACUGCUAGGGAGGCUCUUCUUUGGAGAGAGCCAUGCAACUCUGUGGUGGGCAGGCAUCUCUCUCACUCUGUGUGGACUGCUGAUGCUUCAUGGUUCAGCACCUCAGACACACCCACAGGAAGCAGACAAGAAGGACAAGUAAUGCAUGUUGGAGUUGUUCCAAGCGUGCAGCCUCAAAACUGUUGACUGCAAAGAGCAGUUCUGGCAGGUUCUCCGCCUGCAGAAUUGACUCUGAUGUAUACUUUUUAAGAGUUCUUCCUAUAAGACGAACAACAACUGCCUUUUUAUGGACUUUCAACUGAAUUCCGAUGCUUUAAGAAAAUGAGGGGUUCCCUGGGACUUGAACAAAAUUAAAAAAAAACCUCAUUGUUUUUUUUGUAACUGUGUGGUAGUUGAUUUUUUUAAAUGUGUGCUGUAUGUAUUACAAACCACAGUGAUUUGCUCUGCAUUGGAAUAUUGAGUGGAAAUGAAUAUUUUUAUAAAUAAAAUGGAAGUCGAACAAA